CUCAGGCCCCCAAGAUGCAAGGAACACCGGGGUUGGGCCAAGACCAGCCCGCCAGAGGCAUGGCUCCAGCACUCUGAACCUGGGCCCCAGCCAUGCUGCUGUGGGAGAGUGAUCCAGGCCACCAUCGCCCCCACCUCAGAAGCCGGACCACACGCUGCCAGCAAGAUUGUCUUUCCUCUUUAUAUGGAAGAUGAACGUGAGGCACAUAGAAAUCAGAUCUCCUGUAAUCUACAUUUUGGGGCAUAACUGUUCCACGCCUCCAGGAUGGCAGUCCAGUUCCGUUCACUCUUCCCCUUGGCGUUGCCUGGAAUGCUGGCGCUCCUCGGCUGGUGGUGGUUUUUCUCUCGUAAAAAACAGCAGGUCAGCAGCAACGAAGAGCAGGCAGAGUCCAGUGCUGUGGCACUAGGGGCCAGCACUGCCACCAAGGAAGCACUUCCCAAGGAAGAGGCUUGUCCCACAGUUGUGUCCAUGCCCCCCAGUGUCACCCAGCCACCAGGACAGGAAGAGUCUGCUCCAAGCAAGCCUUCAGUGGAGCCCCCAGCCUUGCUACGGAUGCACCUGCCCCACCGCAGGUCAGAGUCCUCGGGCAGCCUGCCUAGCACCACCGACAUGAGGUCCCAACUGGGAAUGCACAAAGACAACAGCACAAAGGUGGAACUAGCAGUGAUGGGUGAUGAGGCCAAAUCUGCCCCUCUGGGGUGUCCUCUCGCAUUCCCAAAGGAUGUACUAUUCCCCCAUGAAGCGGUAGAAGUAUGUAAGCAAGAGCCCGCCCUCGGCAGGGUGCCUGCCACAGAGAAGCGUGGCCCUGGGGAGAAGGCAAGAGAAAGAGAGAUGGGUGGGGCCGAGGGGACCGGCGAUGCAGUACGGGGGGAGACCCUGCUUGAAGAGGGUCUGCUGCCCCAGGGGCGUAUCUUGGGCCCCGAGAAUGGCAAGGCUGUCAGCCUGGCCUCCUCAGGAGGCAGGGAAGAAAAGGGGAGUGGAGGGCUGCCCCUGGUGGUCGGGCCAGUCGGGGCCCUACCAAAAGAAGAGCACACAGGUGGGAAGCUGUUACGUAGUGUCAUGGAAUCGGCUGCCACAGAGCUGGUGGAGGAGGAGAAAACCCGGAGACCCCAGGCCACAGGGGGCAAAGCCAGGGAUAAAGAUCCAGUAGGAGAACGGGGCAAAGAGGAGGCCGUGGAUGAAAACCAGAAGCUUGAACAGGCUGCCUUCCAGAUCAUCUCCCAGGUGAUCUUGGGAGCCACUGAAGAGGUCCUGGCCACCGCGAGCCAGGCUGCGGCCAGUCAGCCACACGGGCAGGAAGAGGAGGAGAACAGUGCCCCAGUCAGCCAGGAAACUGUCCUGGGGCGAGACACUGUGGAGCCCCCUCUGGCCCUGGGAGGGACAGCUGCCAGCCCACUGGACACUGCCCUCCCCUCCCCAGGCCUGCCAGCAGAAGACCUGCCCCCACCAAAGACCUACGUGAGCUGCCUGAGCAGCCCGCUGUCCAGCCCCACCAAGGACAGGAAGCCAAAGAACUCCGCAUACCCCAUCUCCCUGGCCCCCUGCCCACCACCAGACACCCCUGUCAGAGAGUCGCUGGACAAGGCCAGCAGCCCGGUGGAAGAGGCCACCUGUGUCCCCUGCAUGUCGGACAAGAGCCAGAGUGUCUCUUCAGUGGCCUCCUCGGGGCAGUGCUCAGAUUCUGUCAGCAUGUCAGGGCUCGAAGACUCUUGCCCAGAGACCAACUCGAGCCUCAGGGACAAGGCCAUGACCCCACCGCUGCCAGACAGUACUGAGCCCUUCAGCAAUGGGGUGCUGAAGGGGGAGUUGUCAGACGUGGGGACUGAGGAUGGAUGGAGCGUGGAUGCGGAAGCAGACCACUCGGGAGAAGCUCUUACAGGUUCUGACGGGAACAGCAUGGACUCAGAGAGCUGCUGCGGUCCUAGGAAGACUGACAACCUCCAGAGCACCCAGGCCAGUUCCAACCCCAAGAAGGUCGACCUCAUCAUCUGGGAGAUCGAGGUGCCAAAGCACUUAGUUGGCCGGCUAAUUGGCAAGCAGGGGCGGUACGUGAGUUUCCUGAAGCAGACCUCUGGUGCCAAGAUCUACAUCUCAACCCUGCCUUACACCCAGAACAUCCAGAUCUGCCACAUAGAAGGCUCUCAGCAUCAUGUAGAUAAAGCUCUGAACUUGAUUGGGAAGAAGUUUAAAGAACUGAACCUUACCAAUAUCUACGCUCCUCCGUUGCCUUCAUUGGCGCUUCCUUCCCUACCGAUGACGUCCUGGCUCAUGCUGCCUGAUGGCAUCACGGUGGAGGUGAUUGUGGUCAACCAGGUCAAUGCCGGGCACCUGUUUGUGCAGCAGCACACUCAUCCCACCUUCCACGCACUGCGCAGCCUGGACCAGCAGAUGUAUCUCUGCUACUCUCAGCCUGGAAUCCCCACCUUGCCCACCCCGGUGGAGAUCACGGUCAUCUGCGCAGCCCCUGGUGCGGAUGGGGCCUGGUGGCGAGCCCAGGUGGUGGCCUCUUACGAGGAGACCAAUGAGGUGGAGAUUCGCUAUGUGGACUACGGCGGAUACAAGAGGGUGAAAGUGGAUGUGCUCCGGCAGAUCAGGUCUGACUUUGUGACCCUGCCGUUCCAGGGAGCAGAAGUCCUUCUGGACAGUGUGAUGCCCCUGUCAGAUGAUGACCACUUUUCACCUGAAGCAGACGCGGCUAUGAGUGAGAUGACAGGAAAUACAGCGCUGCUCGCCCAGGUGACAAGUUACAGUCCAACGGGCCUCCCUCUGAUUCAGCUGUGGAGUGUGGUUGGAGAUGAAGUGGUGUUGAUAAACCGGUCGCUGGUGGAGCGAGGCCUUGCACAGUGGGUAGACAGCUACUACUCGAGCCUCUGACCCUGGCCGGCGCUGCUGCUUCAGUCUUUCUUGCACUGUUGAGCCUGGGUGUGGGACUCAAGGCAAAGCUGCCAGCUGAGAAUAACCAGUGUCAUCCUCUCGGGCCCUCCUCCCUAUUCUGUAUACCAUUCAAGAACAUGAUUCCUUUCUGAAGAAAAGGGACUCAACUGUGAGUUCUUUCCGAAGCCGUAGGGUGCUUUUCCAAGAGCCACGUGGCUUCGCUGUGCUCUGAGUCUCUCCCAGGUUGCCCUCAUCCCCUCCACUCCAUUCCCCUCUCUUCCGAGCACCCUCUCUGCCGCUGCUGGCACCUCCGGGCUGCCGCAGGCAGGCCCACGUGUGUGGUGCGCUUGAGGAGCUUCUCCCACUUCAGUCUUUCUUCGAGGCGCAGCCAUGAACUGAUCACUUGGCAUCGAUUCCCUUACGGCUCGCAUAAAUGGUUUGAUGGCAUUCAAGCAGUUUUAUGCCCUUCCUCGAGGCCUCUGGGAACCCAGACUCUUUUUAAUGCAGAUGUAAAUAUGAAGUGAUUGUCACACCUCCGACCCCGGUCAGUGGCUGGGGGAACAGUGAUCUUGCCAAGCCUGGUUGUAAUUUCUAACCAUUUUCUACUUGUGCAAACUGUAAAUAUAUGUUUAAAAAAUGUAAUAUUUUGUACAAGAAACACUGGAGAACAAAGGGAACUCAAGGGUUUUCCACAUACUUCACCUGUGAGAAGUGAGUCCUGUCGAGUGCUCCUGCGCACCCCGGCUCCUGCUGCUGGGGAAGGAGCUUCCUGUGCACCAGACAGGGUGACCAGAUGGGGUAAGCCGUCAUCUGGGGAGUUUUGCUGUACACAUUUGUUUAAAAAAAAAAAAAAAAAGUAACUCAUUGAAUUAACUUGGAAUGGUGUGUUUGAUUCUUUUCUUUUUAGACUGGCUCCAGCAUUGUGCAAUUUAGGAAUAAUUUAAGUAACUUGAACUUAUAUAAAUCUGAAACUGUAUAAACUAUA